GCGUAUAUUGUAAGCCAAAGCCAAUAGGAAUUGCUUCCCAAAGGAGCGGCAGUUCAGCGGAGGCGGCGCGGCAGCAGCAGAGCGACGUCAAUGGAGGAUUCCCCCUCGAAGCCAUGGAGAGUCCUCGAGUUCUACAGUGGCAUCGGCGGGAUGAAGUAUUCUCUGAUUAAAGCGGAAGUGGACGCCCAAGUUGUUAAAGCGUUCGACAUCAAUGACACCGCAAACGACGUUUACGAGCAUAACUUCGGCCAUCGCCCUUUCCAGGGUAAUAUUCAAAGCCUUACUGCUGCCGAUCUUGAUAGCUACCGAGCACAUGCAUGGCUUCUUUCUCCCCCUUGCCAGCCCUAUACUAGACAAGGUUUGCAAAAGCACUCUGGUGAUGCUCGGGCCUUUUCGUUUCUCAGAAUUCUUGAACUUAUACCAGACGCGUUGCAACCUCCGCUCAUGUUAUUUGUCGAAAACGUUGUUGGAUUUGAGACAUCUGAUACUCAUGAAAAAAUGAUUGAGAUAUUGACUACAACUGGUUUUACCACUCAAGAGUUUAUUUUGAGCCCCCUGCAAUUUGGGGUCCCAUAUUCCAGACCACGGUAUUUCUGCUUGGCGAAAAGAAAGCCUUUAUCCUUUCGGAGUGUGUGCUUUAAUGGUAAGCUCCUUUGGUCUUUGAGUCCAUUGAUACAACAAGAUGACGAUCCACUGAAUGACAAGUCUUUGCAACCAAGAGAUAACUGGGACAAAUAUGUCGAGUCUUGUUUGCCCAUAAAGCAGUUUCUUGAAUUUAAUGAGGGUACCAACUUUGAAAGUGGAGAAUUUAGCCCUCGAGAUGUGAGCAUUGUUUCUUCAGAAAUAGUUGAUGCUCCCACUGAGAAUGAUGCUAGAAGUGGAUGUAGUGUCUGCCCUGAAGACCAAUAUUUUGUCCCUCUAAGCUUGAUCGAGAGAUGGGGAAAUGCUAUGGAUAUUGUGUAUCCUGAUUCACAGCGUUGUUGUUGUUUCACCAAAAGUUAUUAUCGUUAUGUGAAGGGUACAGGAUCCCUUUUGGCAACAAUCAAGACUGAGAAGAACAAAGCUUUCCCACUGAAAGAGCAACGUCUCAGAUAUUUCACACCUAAAGAGGUUGCAAACUUGCAUUCUUUCCCUGAAUCGUUUAGUUUUCCCCAACACGUAAGCCUCAGACAGAGAUAUGCUUUGUUGGGUAAUAGUUUGAGUGUAGCAGUGGUUGCACCUUUGCUCCAAUACCUGUUCACCGAGCAGUAGUUAUUUAGAUAUCCCUCUGCAAGAUGGCGAGGUUUAAGAAAUGUCAUGGAAUCAGGACGUUGCUCUGUUCUCCUAUUGUGUUGUGGCUUCUGCUUGUAAUGGAAAGAAGUUUUAUUGCCAACAUAGAGCAGUAAAUGUAACACUACAAAUGUGAAAAAUUUAAGAGUAAAAUUUCCUGUGAAGACCUAAUGCAUAAAGUUUUCUAA